AUGAGCUUCUUUCGCGACCGCGACAUCGACGCGUUCGACGCCACCAACGACGUCACUGCCCCGUCGCGCUCCCCCUCGGCAUCUCCGCGCAAGAAGCAGCGGAUCUCACACGAUGGCAUCGAUCCAGGUGCUGUGGGCACCGCCUCCGAUGCCGCUACGGCGAAACACGACGAUGGCCUCGAGUCGCUCCGUCGACGCAUGGCCGGGCCCUCGAGCGGCAAGGCGGGCCUGGCAAAGGACCAGGACGAGAUCAACAGGAUCAUCUACGAGGCGUCCAAGGGCAGCAAGUUCUUUGAAAACGAGCGCAAAAAGGACCAGCAGACGACCGAACGCAUCAAGCUGCUCCUCGCCAGGCGCGACGAGAAGCGCAGGCAGGUCAUCCCGGGCAGCCCGGAAUGGCUGGCCAUCGAGCGAAGGAUCGAGGAGAUGGCGACCAAGCUCGAGAACAGCCGCGACCUCUCUCGUACCAUCCUGCACUGCGACAUGGAUCAGUACUAUGCGGCCAUCGAGCUCGCCCGCGAUCCUUCGCUCAAGGGCAAGUGCUUCGGCGUUGGCUCGGGCGUCCUCGUGACGGCAUCAUACGAAGCGCGCAGAGGCUACGGCGUGCGGAGCGGGAUGGCCACAUUUGUCGCAAAGGCGCUCUGCCCGCACCUGAUCGUGGUCAAGAACGACAUGGCGAGAUACGUCGAGGUGAGCCAGCAGGUCAUGGCCAUUUUCGAAGAGUACGACGAGAACCUGGCAAAGGCUUCGCUCGAUGAGGCCUACCUCGACCUCACUGACUACCUCGAGCAGGACGGGUGCAGCGUCGAGGACGUCGUCGAGCACCUGCGCGCCCAGGUCAAGGAGCGGACGCAGCUGACCGUCAGCGUGGGCAUCGCGCCCAACACGAUGCUGGCCAAGAUCUCGAGCGACCGCAACAAGCCGGACGGCCAGUUUCGCGUCAUGCCGGACCGCAAGACGGUCGUCGACUUUAUGCGCGACCUGGCCUGCCGCAAGAUCCCUGGCAUCGGUCGUGUCAACGAGCGGAUCCUCGAGAGCCUCGGCGUCAGGACGUGCGGCGAGAUAUGGGAGCACCGCGUCGACCUCUGGCUCGCCCUGGACGGCAAGAUCGAGUGGCUCCUCAAGGCGCACCUCGGCCUGGGCAACACCAUCGUCGAGCCGAGCAAGCGCGAGGAGCGCAAGAGUGUCGGCAGGGAGCACACCUUCAGCCCCACGUCGUCCCGGUCCAUGCUCCUCGGCCUGCUGCGCGAGAGCGCCAACAAGGUCGAGGCCGACCUCAAGCGGCUCGACUUCCGCGGCAAGACGGUCACGCUCGUGGCCAAGAAGGACACGUUCCAGCGCUUUUCGCGUGCCAAGACGGUGACGAGGCCCGUCCACAAGGCCGACGACCUCUACGAAAUCACCAGCUCGCUGCUGCACCAGGAGAUCGAGAGCCAGGGCGCCCUCUGCCUCCGUCUCAUCGGCGUGCGGGUCACGCAGCUGAUCGACAUGCGCUCGGCGGCAGCUGGGAGCGAGCGCUUCAAAAAGAUGUUCGAGACGUCCGAAACCCGGCCCAGGCGCGGGCCGACGGCGGUGGCAGGUCUCGAUGCGAUGCGGGAAGAGGAGGAGAAGCAGCUCGCGCUGGCGAUCCAGCAAUCGCUGGCGAGCGCAAAUCCCUUUGACGAGAUCGGCGACCUCAGCCAGGAUGCGCCUGGCCACCCGCCAGACGACCAGGCACCGGGCGAGGAUGUACGCGGCGGAGCGGUGACGCCAACCGACGGACCCAUCUCCUCUGGUCGGCCGACGGCCGGAGACGAGGGCAACGGUGCCGCCGAGUCGGAUCAGCCCGCCGCGGCGACCCCUUCGCAUCGCGUCGCCUGCCCCAUCUGCGGGCGACCGGUCGAGGGCAACAAUGACGACCUCAACCGGCACAUCGAUCUGUGUCUCAAGGGCGAGGCGACCGACGGCGGAUCAGAAGCAGCGGCAGCAGUAGCAGCAGCGUCCACGACGCAGCCUCGAGCGCCGUCGUCGUCAUCGAAGCAGCAGCAGCAGAAGAAGAAAAAGGGGCCCCUGGACGGCUUCUUCCAGCGGCCCCGUUGA